CCCAUUCUUGACGACGGCGAAAUGGCUGCCGAAAGCAGCAUAAAAUAUCAAGAUGUUGAGGCUGUUUAUAGGUGCAUUGCUGAUCAUGAAGAACGUUACAGGGUUAAAUUCAUCACUGCACAUAAAGAUAGAGAUUUUGGGAAAAUUCUCGAAAGUAUCCCUGACCCUGGCAAGUCCUUUCUAAGAUUUCGACUUGACUAUGGUGGGCAGUCUCCAAAGAUAGAAUGUGAUGGGGUACCAUUCUUCUACAUGCAUCGUCAUGUCCUGAUAUGUCAUCAAGGAAGGGACCGGAAUGAGAAAACCAAAGCAAGGAGAAAGGCUCUGGUACAGUUUAGUAAUGCAACGAAUCAAGAACACACUCAAAGAAAGAAGAGGAAGCUAGUUCAGGAUACGAAAAAAGUUGAUUGUCCAGCCAGUGUGUAUGUUGUACAGAUUCUCAGAUUCAUAGACUACAAACUACAGUACGAAGGAUUAGAACCAACUGGUCACUCCAAGGUCCUUGCCAAAAGACAACUGAAAGAACAAUACCAGACUGAUUCCAGCUCCAUCCGUACUGAGACACUGUUCUAUGUCAGUCUACCACCACUGUCUUCACAUAGAGGCCAUCCUGUCAAUAACAUUGCUGCAGGGCUACGAGAAGCAUUAGAUCCCCAGAUACUUCACAAAAUCUCAGAAUUGACAGCAAAGGGCAUCUACAAAGUUCCAGAAAUCAGAAAACAUCUUGAUGAGUAUGUACAGAGUGCCCUCUUCCAUUCGUCUGAGCAACCGGAAAGGACAAGAAGACGCUACUACCCAACAGAUAUUGAUAUCCGCAAUGCUGUACAAAGAGCUAAGAAAGAGGUCCAUACUAAGGUUGACCAGAAUAAUGCUUCGAUGUUGAUUUCAUUGUGGAAACAGGAAAGUCAGGAUUUCUUUGAAUACAGACCACUGAAGCAAGGUUCUGAAGUGGACAAAUUCCUCUUCUGUUGCCAAACACGCUGGCAGAGCCGACUCCUCAACAAGUAUGGCAACUCCUUCACUGUCUUGGAUGCUGUAUACAGAAGUGCUGGAUACUCCCUUCCACUCUUUCUUCUUUCUGUGAGGACCAACAUGGGAUAUACCCCAGUUGGGAUGUUUGUCUCACAUAGCGACACAGCAGAGGACAUUGCAGAGGCGCUGAGUGUAUUUAGAAGAUGGAAUCCCGAUUGGAAUCCGGAGGGGUUCAUGGUGGAUUAUUUUGAUCCGGAGAUUGAAGCUACGGAGACGGUUUUCCCAGGAUGCACUGCAUUGUUCUGCUACCACCGUUGUGAGACCUUAUGGCAGGAUUGGCUCAGAGACUCAUCUGGGAUAUCUGAUGGGUUAGUGAGAGCUCGUAUGAUCAAGACACUGAGAAGGAUUGCAAUGGCAACCACAAUGAGAGAACAGGAAUGUGGUCUGAAGGGACUGAAGACAAUGAAUGUAUGGAAAGAGAAUGAGGCUGUUUCUACCUGGUUCAGCAUGUUCUGGUUAUCUUGUAUGAAGAGAUGGACAACCUUGUUUCAGAAUGAAAGGGUUAGAGUAGCAAUGUAUGCUGUCAAUGGCUGCAAGCAACAGAAUGACAUGUUCAACCAUCCGUAUGUGAGCGACAAUAAAGACUGCAGCCUUAGUGAGAUGAUGACUAUACUCUACACAAAAUGCUUUCCAGGAGAAUAUCGAAAGUAUGUGGAGUUCAAUGCACGCUAUUCAAGCAGUUACCUCAAGUACAGCUCUGAUAUCCCUGCUUUCUUGCACAGUAAGCCUCGUUUUAUUGUAGAGCAUGUGGAGAAGCGCAUGACUACAACCAUCAUUCCAGAGAACAUCCAGGCCGGCCAGGAUGGACACUUUGUUGUCAAGGGGGAUAGGAAUCAGGCACAUCAGGUGUUCUUUGGAAACGAGGAGAGGUAUCCCUCAUGUACUUGUUCAUACUGGACCAAACUGUAUCUGCCUUGCAAACACUUUUGUGCUAUCUUUCGGCAUGUGCCUGGUUGGUCUUGGGACCAGCUUGGAGCAGCAUAUCGUGACAAUCCUCUGUUUCUCUUAGAUGGGGAUGUCCUGAUGGCCAGUGAUCCUAAAACGCAUCCUCAAGAAGUCCAAAAGCUUGCCACGGAGGAGAGAAAACCAGCAGAGCCAGGAGGUUCUAUAGAGGAAUCAACAAUAAUGGCUUCGGCUGAGGAAGUGUCGAAUGCUCAAGCAGAGGAAGCAUCAAAGUCAAAGAGGCCACAGCGAGCUGCAGUCACCUGUAAACGUCUUGUAAAAAAGAACAUGGACCUUCUUGAUAAGUUGGAGUCACAGGUUCCUCAUUUGAAGGACAAGAUUGUCCUUGAGGACAUGCUUAAUACUCUCCAAAAGCUAGUACACAGAGUACAAAGUAUCAGGACUCGAGGUAAGAAGAAAACUGUAUUAACAGCUCACAGAACUUCUUUAAAAACUCAGAAGAGGAAACUUCAAAGUGACUUGGACUGCAUGACCAAGAAAAAUCAGAGCACUGUAUCCAGUUCUGAACAUGCACAAGCCCCAUCAGCUGUGGAAGAUGAUCAUUUAAGUGGAAAAGGUAUGGCCACACAACUCUCUCCAAAUGUCUUUGCUUGUGUAAACAGUGACAUUCACCAAGCUGCUGCGGAAAGUAGUCAAGAAAUUUCUGGAACUAGUCAGCAAAGUGCGAGUAGUGCUGCCUUUCCCCAUGAUAAUGAAAAUCGUAAUGUACAAAAUACCACAUUGGACAGCAGUAAUGAAAUCAGUAGUGACAUGAUAGAAGCUAUCGUCCUCAACCAGAAUCUGUUCACAGGUAACUACCUACCUUUAAAUGUGGAUGCUCAAGGAUCUGAGGGAACAGAAGCUGAACAUCACAAUCUCCAUGGCAACAUCACCAUUGUAACAGACGCUCCUGUUGGCCAGGAGGUCAUGUCUGCUGAGGGUGUUAUCAUUCAGACAGUUGAUCAGAUUGACCAUGAACAUUUCAUCAUUGAUUCCGUACACCAAGGUAUAACGGUCACUGUUGCUGACGCUGAACUUGACAGAGUGCCAUCUGUUACGUAAUGAAAACAACCCUCAUUAGUGAAAUUAUUUAUUUUUACAAAGAAGAGCAUUCAUUUUUUGCUUCUGAAUUCUAUAGUUAUUCAUAACAUGGAAUGAAACUCUGAUAAUAUUUUCUCUUCAAUUCACACCCAGUAGGUAAAGUCAAUGUUUAGGCAUGCAUGCAGAGUAAUCUUUGUCUGCAUUAUGGAUGUAUCUAUUCCAAACUUAAUUGUGUACUAUUUUAACAUUCUUCAAGUGUAACCGAACAGCACUGCAACGUACAACAAAAAAUGUCCCAAUUAUUUGUGUCAUCUUCCAAAAAUAAUUUUUCAAAAUUCAUUAAUGCUGUAAGUAGAAUGGGUUGUCCUCUUUUACUUCUUGAGAAAGAGAUUAUUAUUUUUUUUUUCUUAAGAGAAUUUUCCAAUAGAAAUAUUUUGUAUGCUUAGUUUGUAGGUCUUCCAUUAUUGUUCUUAUACCAAUCAUUGUGGCAUAAUUGAUAAGUGAGAGCAGGAAUUUGCUGCAUCUGAUUCUGGAACAAGUAAUAUACUAGUCAUGCAUUUCAUUAUUAAAAGGAGGGUUCCCACAAUGUCGUUGCUCCAUUGCUCUGUAGUUCAACUACCUUUGCGAGUUCUGCCUAAAGAUAAUAAUUGUAGAAAUGUGAGUGCCUCUGAUUGUGUGCCACUGCUUUCACCACAUGUCACAAGUCAAUGAGGCAACACACAACAUGAAAAUCCAGUAAAUUUAUUUUACAUUCAAAGUGGGUAAAAUUUGUACGAGUCCUUUUAUUGACACUGAAUUAAAAUCAAUAUUAUAUUAGGAUUUAUUGUACAUGUAUGUCGCAAUCAGUGGACAAAGAGAGUUGUAAAUGUGUUUGCAUCAGGAGGAAAUGAAAACAGAUGAGAUGGUUAUGCUGAUUGAGGGAAGAGGAAGAGAAAGGGAACUGCAUAAGGGAGAGACGAAGUGAGAGAAAAUGGGUGCAAAGAUAGGGAGGGAGGUAGAGGGAGGAGAGAUGAGAGGAGGGGGAAGGAA